GUUGGACAAUCCAAUAGAUUGUGAAGACGCAAUUCUAAAGCAACUGGCAGCUUCUAUUACUCUUAAGUCCAACUGCGGCCAAAUAUCGAAUGUUGCAGUGGAAAGUGACCUGCAUUUUCCUCACUCGGAGGAAUCAAAAAUAGGAAGUCGCACGAAAAGAGCUGUGGCAAGUUGCCAAGCGGGAUCAGCAAAUUGUGUGAAUUACACGUGUGGAGGCAUCGAUCACUGGUUGCCGUAUCAGACUUACUGGGGAUGCUGUAAGGGUGUUAUUCAUGAUCAGCGCGAGACCUACUGCUCAGAAAUACAAGGCGUUAUGCAAUGCGGCACGGUAGCUCCAGCAUUUAGAUGCAGGAAUGAACACUGUAUACCAAAUCCAUGGUUAUGUAACAGAGUGAACGACUGCCAAGAUGGAAGUGAUGAACUUGGAUGUGAUGAGUGUAAUAAAACUGAUAAUUUUCGAUGCUGGAAUGGGAGAUGUAUUCCUCAAUCAGCUGUUUGUGACGCGUAUAACGACUGUGGAGACGGAAGCGACGAAACGUUUUGCCGAACUUUGCGCGGUGGCUGGUGCACCACAAAACAGUACAGAUGCCCCACCGAUAGUUGUGUUCCACUGCAAAAUGUGUGCGAUGGCAAAGCAGACUGCACUGACAACUCUGACGAAAUUGGGUGCAUAGUUCCUUGUAACAAUGGAUGGAAACAAUAUCAGUCAUCUUGUUAUAAGUACUCAAACCGUCAAAGUAGAUGGACGGAUGCUGAAGAUCUUUGUCAGAAGGACGGAGCGCAUCUCGCGAAAAUUACCAGCAGGAAAGAACAAGAUUUUGUCUUUAGCCUUGGUGUUCAUCAACCUUUUCAAAUCUGGAUCGGUUUGCGGGCGCAAGGACCCUCAGGAAAAUUCACUUGGGCAGACGGAUCGCCACUUGGCAAUUUUACUUUCUGGUCAGCGGGUGAGCCCUCUCCAGAUCCUGACGUUUGUGCGGAAAUGAUUCGUAAUGAUAGUCAAGGGCGGUGGCAAACUGGCCAGUGUACAACGAGACACAGUUCAUAUGUGUGUGAGAAAGAGAGAGCAUGUAACAUCACGGGAGCGAGUGGUGAUUGCAAGACUGAUUUUGAAACACCGCCGCUCAUGAAGUCUUUCCCACGCGAAGAGAUCAUCUCAGCACAGUAUGAAACUAGCGUGACGGUGCAAUGCAAAGCAUCUGGUUUUCCGAGACCCACAGUCACGUUUCUUAUUAACGGUGUAAAUUCGUACGCUGUGAACAAGGGUCACACAAUCAUGGAACCUUACAAAACAACUGUCACGUAUGUUGUGACAAUGCCGUCUGACGUGGAAUGUCAUAUCUCCAACAGAAUGGGUAACACCUUUUGGAGAAUAAGAGUGAAUUUAAAAGAUGACGACCCGUCAUUUCUCAAAGCUGUCUUAAGAUUAACGGAUGAGACUUUCACGUCUGACCUCAAGGAUCCUUUGUCUGAAAAAUUCAAGACACUGUCAGCCUGGCUGGAGAAUAUUCUUAUGUCUUUAUACACAGAAGUACAUGGUUUCAGAGAUGUAGAAGUUGUAAGAUUCAGAAACGGAAGUGUCGUAGCAGAUGUGCUCCUAACUGCCGCGAAAGGAGGUUCGUCAGUUGUUCAAAACAAACUCCUUGAAGUUAUGGGCUCAAAUAAAUUACAAAAUGUUACAGUUGACUCGUUUGACGUCGUUAAAGCGUGUCCAAAAGAAUUUUUUAACGUAUCUUGGAGUGGAACUUUUGAGGGAGAGUUUGCCACGCAGAACUGUCCCAGAGGAGCAGCGGGUGUGGCCAAAAGGAAAUGCUUAAACGACGGUGUGUGGGGGUACCCUGACUACGGAGAGUGUAUCAGUCAAGAAUUCAAUCAACUACAAGAAAAGAUGAAUGGCUUGUUCAACUCGUCAAAUCCCUCCAACGAAAAUAUCACAGCUAUUAUCACAGAACUGUCUUCCCUAACUCAACCAAAGAAAUACGAUUCCUUGAUGGCUGGAAAUAUCAAGACAUCGACGCAGAUUUUGCAGAAUGUGGUCUUUUACAACAAAAAGUUUGCUAACAGUCGUGAGACAGUGUCAACAAACAUUGAAGGAUUUCUUCAAACCGUUAGUAAUCUUCUUCACACGAACAAUCUCAGAGAUUUCCAGCAGCUUCAAGAGACCGAUAACACCACAACUGAUUUGACCAGAAUAAUCGAGGAUUACGGACUUCAGGCAGCUUCUGGACAAAAAAAUGACAGAUUGAGCGUGGUGAAAGAUAACAUAGCAAUGGAAACAAGACUUGUACCUGAAAAUGUGCAAGAACCUUUGAUGUUUCCAAAUCAUUCAGAUUAUAAGGAUGGCAUCCUCUCUUCGCCAGCUUGGACUGAAGGUGGAAGGCAGUUCAUCAAGUUACCAGAAGAAAUAUUCAAUCGACAAAAUCAUCCUUCAACAAACGGAACCAAAGUAGCCAGUUUUUUAUUCAGAACAUUGACUCCGUUUCUGUCACAGGAGAGUGCAUAUGAACAAUUUGACCAGCGGUCUGGCGUGGUAUCACGUAUAAUUUCCAGCUCAGUGCAGCCACCUGUUGUGAAACUCCAAAACCCAGUUGUGAUAAAUUUCGUUGGUAUUCAGGAGAACCAAAGCACUGCGAUUUGCGUUUAUUGGGAUUAUAACAUAAAUUCCAGAGGUGGAGGCUGGUCGAAAGAUGGUUGUGAGUUGGCGUCUCAUAGAAAUGACACAGUUACCUGUGAAUGUAACCACUUGACAAAUUUUGCAGUUUUGAUGGAUCCGUCUGGGAUAUCCUCUAAACAGUCGGUACACCAGAAAACUUUAGGAUAUAUUACUGUGGUUGGUUGUUCUCUUUCGCUGUUGGGAAUUAUUGUUACACUUAUUCUUCACGGUGUUUUAUGGAGAAUAUUAAAGUCUCACAAGACAGUGAUCCAUGUCAAUCUGUGUAUCGCACUUUUGGCUGCGAAUGUUCUUCUUCUAAUUGGAGCAGUAUCCACAGAAUACGAGGUUACUUGCAAAGUAAUCUCCGUCCUGCUUCAUUUUUUCUAUCUGAGCGCUAUAUUUUGGAUGUUGGUCGAGGGAUUACAGAUAUACUCUUCAAUUGUUAAAGUAUUUGGUGGAGAAAGCAAACAAAGAUAUUUCUACUUUCUUGGCUGGGGUUUUCCGUUGUUGUAUGUAGCUAUAUGUCUAGCAAUCACUAGAACAGAAGGAUAUGGAGUAGAUGAAACAUGCUGGUUAUCCAUCACUUCUGGUUUAAUUUGGACGUUUAUCGCUCCUGCUCUUGCUGUUGUGUCGGUAAACUGCAUCAUAUUUGUAUUGGUUCUACGGGCCAUGAUGACAAGUCACAAAAUGAUUGGGGCUCAAGACAAGGAGAAGAUCAAACUUGGCAUAAAAUGUUCCGUCGUCCUUCUUCCUCUUCUCGGCAUCACAUGGGUGUUUGGUGUCCUUGCGUUCGAUCAAGCUACAGUGGUCUUCCUAUAUCUGUUUGCAAUCUUCAACUCGCUUCAGGGGUUCUUCAUAUUUAUUUUCCAUUGUUUAUUCGAUCAACAGGUGAGGUCAGCGAUGAUGAUAUGGAAAGGAAAACGUCAACGAGCGGCCCACGCUUCAGGUGUUGAUGCGACGCAAAAGAGCAAACCAGUCAGCUGUAGUCUUACGACGGAGAGGUUACCAAGCCAUGGCGUUAGAAUGACUGAUUUGAGAAUCAAGAAAAACAAUCAAAAUUACAGACGUAGUGGAGAAAUGAAUGGAAAUUUCACAUAAUCCAAGUGGAUGGAAAAGGAACGAAAAAAACUAAAUUUAAUAUAAAAGCAACGAAGACAUGCAUAUGUGAAGAGGGCAAGAUGGUGGACAUUGAAUCAGAACAAUAGACCCUGUAAAUAUUGAAAAUUAAUUAUAUUGACUAUUCAUGGAGCGUAAAGGAUAUUGAAUGAGACUUCAGUCCACAGAUUAUACGACUUGAAGGUUGCUUUCAAUCACAAAACAAUGGAACUGACUUUUCCGGAGAGAAAGAAAGUCCUACGUUUUUUUAAGCGCUAGCAUUUAUUUAUAGCAUUAUGCUAGCUUCCAGAAUUCUUGCAUUUUCACGGAAGUUGUGUUUAAGAUUUCGCGUUUAAAUAUAGGACAAGUUGAGAGUGUUUUGAUCGAAGCAGACCGUGAUAAAUCUGAAUUACAAGUUAAUUUUAAGACUAUAAUAUAAAAGGCUGAGACAUUUGUAAACACCACGUUUGAUCUAUUUUCCAUAGUUUUUUUUCGUAUAAAUCUUACAUUUAACUUCUUUCUCAGCUAAUACUGAAAGCAGCAUUUCUAUUCCUUUAGAUGCACUCCGUCUUAUUGCGGCUGACUCAUUUCUGCGUUCAAAAUAUUUAAAUAAGACCUCGUUAAUGUCAGUGAUUUGCUUUCUUUCGAAAUUUGUUCUUUUAGUUUUUGUCGUUGUUGUUAUAGAAUAGAGACAACGUUUACCUACGAAACUUGAGGUUUUAAUAACCUAAUUUAAACUACGUGUUGAGCAUAGAAGUGAGCAAUACGAGUAAGCAAUAUGAAUUAAUAAAAGCA